UUAAAACCCCUUCUCCUCCCUUCCUUGUUAACCCCAUCUCUCUCUCUCUCUCUCUCUAUAUAUAUAUAUAUAUAUACACACACACAUAUAUAUAUACAUACAAAAUAACUAGUAACAACAACAACAAAAUGGGCUCUUUGGUGGGACAUGUUGCACCUGGCUUUGGUUUCUUUGCCAUUGGGUUAUGGCACCUUCUAAACCACAUCAAGCUCCAUGCUCUUCACCCAAAUUCCUACACAUCUUUGCCAUGGUUCCCAACCUCAAAGCUCAGGUACCUAGAGCUCUUCUUGAUCAUGGGAGGUUCCUUCAUGUCCAUAGCCAUGGAACUCUUCAUAGGCCCCAGUAAACACCAACCCUUGGAUUCUGAUGGAACCAUCCCCUCCUACCAUCUCCGCAACUUUGAGCACUCUUCCAUAUCGAUGUCUCUCUUUGUUUACGCGGCUUUCGCUAUCCUCCUUGACCGAAUAGGUCCCAAAGCUCAAUAUGGCCUCACCCUGUUCCUCGGUGCCAUCGCCUUUGGCCAACAGCUCCUCGUCUUCCACUUCCACUCCACAGACCACAUGGGUGUCGAAGGUCAAUACCACCUUCUUCUUCAAAUUGUGAUCUCUGUCUCUCUCACCACCACCCUCAUGGGCAUUGGCUACCCCAAGAGCUUCACGGUCAACUUCCUUAGGUCUCUUAGCAUAUUAUUCCAAGGUGUUUGGUUUAUGGUCAUGGGCUUUAUGCUUUGGACACCUGAAUUAGUCCCCAAAGGUUGCUUCUUGAACUUGGAAGACGGUCACAUAGUGGUCCGGUGCCACGAUGAAGAAGCGCUCGAGCGUGCCAAAUCGCUAGUAAAUCUACAGUUUAGCUGGUAUUUAAUAGUAGUAACCAUUUUCGCUAUAUCUAUUUACUUGGCUUUGAUGAAGACUUUUGGCAAAGCAGUUGACUAUCAAUCAUUAACAAUGUACGAAGAAGACGAAGAACAAGAAGACAAUGAGGAUGUUGAGGCUCAGAAGAAAAGCAAACUCGGUGAGUUGAAGAGUUCUAUUUAUAUGGGAAAAGGGCUUACUUCCAUUGCCAAGGUAAGCUAAAAGAAGGGAUUAAAAGAGGUGUAGAUGUGAUUAGGCCAGUAUGUGUCAAAAUUAGGGUUGGUGGUUAUGAAUUGAUUGCCCAGUGUGUCAAAAAGGUGUGUUAUUGUUUGGUUUGUAUUAAUGGCUUAUAGCUUAGGGUUGUGUUUGUGUGUUCAUAUAUAGAAAAGUAUACCUGCAUUAGGGAAGGUUAUGUUACUUAUGUAUGUGGUAGUACGUAGUUGUUAGUAGUAAUUGUUUCUUGAAACCAUCAAAAUAAAAGAAAUUGUGAUUAUAGUAUGUGUCAAAAUUAGGGUUGGUGGUUAUGAAUUGAUUGCCCAAUGUGUAAAAAGACUCAAAAAGAUGUGUUAUUGUUUGGGUUGUAUUGAUGGCUUUUAGCUUAGGGUUGUGUUUGUGUGUUCAUAUAUAGAAAAGUAAACAUGCAUUAGGGAAGGUUAUGUGUGUGGUAGUACGUAGUUGUUAAUUGUUUCUUGAAACCAUCGACUUGUUAAAGUCAAUAUUACAUUUGGUAAUAGUUUUCAGUUGAUCUGAUGGAUUUGGUCACCUUUAGUAGAUUGCUGGGACCAUAAUCUUUAAACCCAGACAAGUCGGCUCAACGGGUCAUGACUCGAGUAUGAAUUGAAUAAACUAGCAAGUUGACUUGGUUUGGACAUUUUUGAGUCAAUUACAUUGCAAAUACACAAAGUUGACUUUCAUGUCUAACCAUUGUGGUUGUAAUCCAGCAAAAAAAAAAAUCCAACCAAAAUUUCAGA